AUUUUGUCUUGUAUAAUUUGUGAAACAUAGUAGCUGAGAUCGAGGGGAAAAUGUUCAAGAAAAUUCUAUUGUUGUAUGUUAUUAUAGAGUGUGUCAAAUUUCAGUGUGCUUUAGCAGCUUAUAAACAUGAUACAGGAAGUUUAUCUAUUUUCCAAGAGUUUGAGCGUUAUGCUAGGAGAACGGACACUUUCAGGAGGAGUCCGAUCGAGCUAUUUUUAAGAACUGAUCCUCAAGGAGAAUGGUUUAAAGAAGUUUUGAAAGAUCUCAAGACGAUGAAUCACUGGAAUUCAACCGUAUCAGGAGAAAUGAGUCUCUUUAGUAGUGCUCUAGUAGAAGGAACUUGGUAUAAUAUUUCCAAUAAUGGAACCUGUAACUGUUGUGACGUAAACAAUCCUAUGGAUCCCUUUCACGUUCAUCUUUCAUUGACUGGUCGUCCAGGUGAAGUUGUCGUUUCAUGGAACACUGCAGAAAGACCUCCUGAUGAAAAGUCCUGUGUGAUGGUUUCAAAUGCUACGGGUGCUCAGCUCGGGUUAUUUUGCUCUUCAGACAUUCGAACCUUUUCCCUGGGCUCUGGAUACUCUCCUUACUUAUGUUCCAACUAUUCAGGCUUUGCCAGUCACGUCAAAAUAUCAUCUUUGAAGCCAGGUGAGACGUACACGUACACUAUCUACGGUACUUCUAAAAACAAAACGUUCCCGUUCAUGGCUCCGUAUGGCAACACAUCUUCUACAACCAGAUUGGCCUUCUUUACAGAUAUAGGCACAAAGGGAGGUCAGCCUGUCAUUGACGCACUGAAACAGAAAAUGAAUGACUUCGACUAUAUUAUUCUACCAGGAGACCAGUCUUAUUCUGAUGGUUACCAUACUACUUUUGAUGCCUAUCUAACUCUAUUUGAAGAUGUUAUUGCUUCGAAACCUUAUAUGGUGUCAACUGGAAACCAUGAAGGACCUUGGAACUUUACGUAUGCGCGUAACAACUUCUAUUGGCCUGUCAACGAAAGUGGCGCCGCUCUAGAUGCCUUGUGGUACUCGAUAGAUGAAGGUCCAGUUCACUAUAUCUUUAUGAACUACGAAAAUUAUUUCUCGUAUCCACUCGGAGAAUGGGAAAUGACCCAACCUGCCCCUCUGAGCACUUUUCCAGGUCAACUGGAAUGGCUUCAAAAUGACUUGGAGAAAUUUUCAAAGAGAAGAGAAUCAAAUCCAAACUUGUGGCUGAUUAUGAUGGCUCAUCGCCCCUUAACAUGUAACAUCAGUGGAAAAAGUUGCGAGGUAUUUGGACCUGAGCUCGAGAAGGAAGUAUUCCCAUUGAUGUAUCAGUACAAGGCAGAUAUGUAUUGGUGUGGCCAUGUUCAUGCAUAUGAGCGAGUUAAUCCUAUCGAUAACGUUACCCGAACACAAUGUUCUAAUUGUGUCCAACAAAAUGGCAGCCUAUACAAACAACCUCCCUAUCCUGUGCAAGUUAUGAAUGGGAUUGCUGGAAGAGCUGUAGCCGAUAACAACUAUUUUACUCCAGGCAUUUCAUACCCUGAUUAUGCUCAAGUCCGCAUCGAUGCUAUCAACUAUCCAUUUGGAGGUUACGCAUUAGUCCAAGUUAAUGACACGGUGUUGAACUUUACUCUUUACAACACAAGUGGAACAGUUUUGGAUAGCUUCAGAAUAGAGAAAUGAGUGUGGGUCACCACCACGGGUUAUAUGGUCAGUAUCUUUAAACAAUAUCAAUUUGUGCAAUUCU